AUGGCUCCUGUGGCAGGGACCAAGUUAUUAGAUGUUGCCUGUGUCAAACAGGUGAUAUUGCAUUUCGAUUUUCUCAAGUACAUACAGUCCCAAAAUGAAAAACCAGUGGUGACAGAUGAAAAUUUUACCAUUCCUACAAGUAUAAAUGCAGGAGCUUUUUCCAUUCCCAGUGAUUUUGCUGAGGAGGAUGAACACAUUGUAGAUUUAUCAGAUUAUAAAGAGGACACAUCUCAUGUGACAGUGUGUGAUAUCAACCAAGAAAUGCUUAAUGUCGGCAAAGCUCGGGCUGAAGAGGCAGGAAUCACGUCUGGUAUUUCUUGGGUUCAAGGAAAUGCAGAGAGUUUACCUUUUGAAGACAAUACUUUUGACGCGUAUUCAAUAGCAUAUGGAAUCCGCAACUGUACCCACAUUGACAAAGUUCUAACAGAGGCAUAUAGGGUACUGAAACCUGGAGGACGAUUUAUGUGUUUGGAAUUUAGUCAAGUUAAUAAUUUAAUUUUACGAAG